CAACGUGUCCAUGUAUGUAGUUUUAGACUUUUUGAUCUCCGACCAAUUCAAUUUAAGGCAAAGAUUAAUCUAGAUAGAAGUUUUACUUUAAAUGAUACAAAUCUUAUAAGCCGUCCAAAAAGAUUUUCAUUCUCUCUAAUUCCUUAGUGGGCUGCUGCCAGCCUGCCAGCCUGCCACAUGUCGAUAACUUUUACAUUUGUGUUCACAUUUUAGUUGUUUGUUACUAUAUGUUAAUGCUAUUAUCAACAUAAUGACUGACCUUGAAUGUACUCUCGGAACAACACCCCCAACGACCAACCCAUUACGAGAAGUUUUCCUUCCGUUACAUCAUUGUUCUUCCUCCUAAUAUUAAAUGAUGAUAAACAAAUUUAAAAAUUAAUUGCACGUGAUUAAACCAUGAUCACGUCUCUUUCGACACGCAAAAAUGAUAUGAUUUGACCAAGUAUAACAUAAUGUUCUAAUCUUUUAAAAAUUAAAAUAGGUAACUGAGUUUUUGGAACAUGACUGUAAAAUCUUAGUAUUCUAGAGUUUUACGUCUUAAAAGGUGAAUUUGCUACUAGAAAAAAGGAUAGAUGUGUUACAGCCAGUUUUUCCAAUAUAGAUGAUUAAGGUUAAUUUACAAAGAACAUUAUAUUCUUUAAAUCAUUCGGAUGUUAGCUUCAAAAAUAAGAUUAAAAAGUAAAAGUAAAACACCAAGUCAAAGUAAACAUCUCCCUCGAAUCUAUGCCAACGUGGGUGUAAUAAUACAGUUCGUAAGAUUUGAACUUGUUUAUUUGUGACUACGACGGUUGAAUUGAACUCUCGCCUUUGGUCUCUGAUUCGUUUAAUCAAACUCAAAGAAACACAAAAGUCUUUGUUUCUGUUAUUACCGUGAGGCGUGAUACCAAGUCUGAUUUUACUCCAAAACAUUCUACAAAUUCGGUAAACAUUCAAGUUUUUUUUUGUUUGUAAAAGCAUUCAAGUAGUUUCAUAGGCUAAAAUGUUUUAAAUUUCAAAAUGUUUUUUCUAACACAAGAUUAUUAUUAUUGUCAUUUCAAAAAUUAUUUCUAAGACUAAAUUUUCAAAUGUUAGUUUUUAUGCUAUUUCAUAAAUGUCUCAAUUUUCUAAUUACAUAUAAUUUUUAUUUACAAAGACACGUUACUUUUCACGUAUUACUAUACAAUCCUUUUUUUGGUAAAAUGCAAUCCCUUUCACUCUUAAGGAAAUUAACAUUUUAUUGGUAUAGAUUUUUAAAAUUUUUGUUUAGGUUUGACUCUGUCGAACAUAUAUCGUCCCCACAAAAUAAUACUUUUAUAGAGACAGAAGAUUUCAAAUACAUUUAAAAAAAAAACUUAAAUCAAAAUACAUUUUCUCAUAAUGGAAACACGUUUCUUUCUUGUUCUCUCAAGAUCACAUUAUAAAUAUAAUUCAUCACAGGCUCCAUUUAUGUUCACAAGCAAACCAACUCAACAACUUCACACAACCACACACAUUGUUCUAUUCACACACAUACACACACUAAGUUACUCGAUCAGAAGAAUGUCUCCCGACAAGAAUCUGCUGUCCAAGCUAGCUGUCGGUGACAAGCACGGUGAAGAUUCGCCGUACUUCGACGGCUGGAAAGCUUACGACACGAACCCUUUUCACCCUGAACACAAUCCACAAGGUGUUAUUCAAAUGGGCCUCGCCGAAAAUCAACUUUGUUCUGACUUGAUCAAAGAGUGGAUAAAGGCAAAUCCACAGGCAUCUAUCUGCACCGCGGAGGGCAUUGACGGUUUCUCCGACAUAGCUGUGUUUCAAGAUUAUCACGGUCUUAAACAAUUUAGACAGGCAAUUGCGGCGUUUAUGGAGAAAGCUAGAGGAGGAAGGGUGAGGUUUGAGGAAGAGAGGGUGGUGAUGAGCGGAGGAGCCACCGGAGCGAAUGAGACGCUCAUGUUCUGUCUAGCUGAUCGCGGCGACGCUUUUCUCGUCCCUACUCCUUAUUAUGCCGCAUUCGAUAGAGACCUAAGUUGGAGAACUGGCGUAAGAAUCAUUCCUGUGGAGUGUAACAGCUCAAACAACUUCCAAGUCACAAAACAAGCCCUAGAAUCAGCAUAUCUUAACGCCCAAGAAACCGGCAUCAAAAUCAAAGGCUUGAUCCUCGCAAACCCAUCAAACCCUCUUGGAACAAGUCUCGAUCGAGAAACUCUUCACACCCUUAUGAACUUCAUCAACGACAAGCAAAUCCACUUAGUCUGCGAUGAAAUCUACGCAGCCACGGUUUUUGCAGAACCCGGAUUCAUCAGUGUGGCUGAGAUGAUCCAAGAGAUGGAUCAUGUGAACCGCGACCUGAUCCACAUAGUUUACAGUCUCUCAAAGGACAUGGGUCUUCCCGGUUUCCGAGUUGGUGUGGUUUACUCUUACAACGAUGCUGUUGUGACCUGUGCAAGGAGAAUGUCGAGUUUCGGUUUGGUCUCAUCUCAGACACAGAGCCUUUUAGCAGCUAUGUUGUCGGAUCAGAGUUUUGUCGAUAACUUCCUUAAAGAGGUGUCAAAGAGAGUAGCGAAGAGACACUUGAUCUUCACGGAAGGGCUUAAAGAGAUGGGGAUUUCUUGCUUGACAAGUAACGCGGGUUUAUUCGUCUUGAUGGAUUUAAGACCCAUGCUUAAAGACCAGACCUUUGAGUCUGAAAUGGCUCUUUGGAGAAUAAUCAUUAAUAAGGUCAAGAUCAACAUCUCUCCUGGAUCGUCGUUUCACUGCUCAGAGCCUGGUUGGUUCCGAGUCUGCUUUGCUAAUAUGGAUGAAGACACACUCCAAAUUGCACUGCAGAGAAUGAAACACUUUGUGCUCAGACACAGAGAGAACAAGAAACGAAAGAGUUUUCAAGAGAAUCUUAAGCUGAGUUUCUCUUCCAUGACGUACGAUGAACAUGUUAGGACACCGAGAUUGAUGUCUCCACAUUCACCAUUGGUCCGAACUUAAUUAAAUACGGUCUAUUUCGUUAUAUCUACGUUAAACAGAUUGUCUAUAGAUCUGUAUAAAAGACUUAAAAGUAGAGGAAUAAUACACAAUUAUAUAAAUUUCACUUUCCAAACAAGUUGUUUACUAGUUUUGUAGAUCUUAUAACCAGUUCCAAACAUUACUAUAAUACAUACUUCCUGCUUUGAGUUC